UGUAUUCGAGCACAUAUAUGUGUGAGUCCCUAAUCCGAGGCUGCCCGUCCCCUUCCCCCGGCUCCCUAGGGCAGGAGGGGGUGUGGUUAGGUUUCAGUUCAGCUGCCCUCGGAGGGGGUGAAUUCUCCUCCCCGGGGACAGGACCGACACCCCCUUCUCCGCCUUUGGGGAAGGUGAGGGGGUGGGGGCGCCGCGUGGAGCCCGGCCUGGAGUGGCCUGGAAAGGGUCAGAGCGAUCGGAGAAAGUUUCCACGUGGAGCCUCCCUCGGGGGAGGGGAGGGAAAGAGAGAGCGUUGAAAGCAGCGAGGACAGAGAGGGCGAUUGGGGGUCCCGGGCAAAGGCUCCUGGGGUAUAAUUCCUGAGGUGAUGUCUGGAAGCAGUUGCUGGAGGAACCUGGCUUCUUUUGGCUGGGGAGCCCCUUCCUUAGCGAGGCAGAAUGGGGGGCAAUGGCUCUGCCUUGAGGGUCUGCACAGAUCACAGAGGAGGCAUCAACUGGCUCAGCCUGAGCCCUGACGGUCGGCGGCUGCUGACGGGCAGCGAGGAUGGCACUGCUCGGCUCUGGAGCACUGAUGACAGCCAGUGUCAUGGACACUUCCAAGGACAUGAAAGCUAUAUCACUUUCUGCCAGUUGGAAAAUGAAGCUGCCUUCACCUGUAGUGCUGACCAUACCAUCCGAAAGUGGGAUGUGGUGACUGGACAGUGUUUGGCUGUUUACCGAGGACAUACAUCAAUUGUAAACAGGAUCUUGGUUGCCAAAGACUACCUCUUCAGUGGCUCCUAUGACCGAACGGCCCGCUGCUGGAGUGUGGACAAGGAACGGCAAAUCCAGGAGUUUCGGGGUCACCGGAAUUGUGUCCUGACUUUAGCUCACUACUCCUCCAAGGACAUCCCAGAUGCCUCCUCAGAGCAGGGGGAGAAGGCCGGUGGGGACUUCCUGGUGACCGGCAGUACAGAUGGCACAGCCAAGGUUUGGUGGGUGUCCAGUGGCUGCUGCUACCAGACCUUGAGAGGCCACACAGGAGCCGUCCUAUGCCUGGCUCUGGACGAACUCAAUCAGGAGCUCUUCACCGGCAGCACUGACUCCACCAUUCGGACUUGGAACCUUGUGACUGGGGAACCCCUGAAGGUGUUUAAAGAGCAUCAGGGAUCCGUCAUCUGCCUGGAGCUGGUGAAUCGGUACCUGUACUCGGGGAGCGCAGACAGGACGGUCAAGUGCUGGCUGGCGGACACGGGGGAGAGCGUGCGCACGUUCCGGGCCCACAAGCACAGCGUCAGCGCCCUCAAGUACCACGCCGGCAUCCGCCGCUCCACAAACUCAACAGUCCAGCAACAUUGCCCUACUUGCGAUUCCUCAGACUUGUUAUCUUUGUCCUUGUCCUCUACACCUGGAACUCUCUCCUCGAUUUUCCCGACUUUCUUCAAGAUUUUGCUUGAACGCCAUCUUCUUCUGAAAGGCCUUUUCUGAUCUCCCAAACCACUAAUAUUUUCUCUCUCAAAUCAUCUCCCAUCCUCCGUGUAUAUAUCUUGUAUGUACCUGGUUAUUUACAGAUUAUCUCUCCCAUUUGAAUAGAAGCUCAAGAUCAGGGACAGUAUUUUGCCUUCAUUUGUAGCCUGGCACAUAGUAAGAACUUAAUAAAUUCUUGCCUAUUUAAUAGUUUUUUGUUUUGCUUUGUUUUUUAUGGUGGUUAAAUCAUCAUUUAUGUAUUUAUAUAAAAUUUUGAGUGCCUAAUUUUCUUCCUCACUCCCUCUCCUUCCCUCCCUCCUAAGAUGAUAAGCAAUUUUACAUGUUAUAUAUUUACAAUCAAUUAAAGCAUAUAUUUAUAUGUUAUGUUGUGAAAGAACAGACCAAAAAGAAAAAAAAAAACACCAACAAAAUAAAGUAAAAAUAGCUUUGAUGUGUAUUCAGACUCCAUAGUUCUUUCUCUGAAUGUGAAUAGCAUUUUCUAUCAUGAGUCUUUUAGAAUUGUCUUGGAUCAUUGUAUUGCUGAAGAGUGCUAAGUCAUUCAGAGGCGAUCAUUGUACAAUGUUGCUGUUACUGUAUACAGUGUUGUGGUUCUGCUCACUUCAUUCACCGAAAGUUCAUGUAAGUAUUUCCAGGUUUUUCUGAAAUGUCUGCUUGUCCUUUCUUAAAGAACAAUUGUUUAAUAAAGUCUUAUUGACUGACUGGGAAAAAAACAAAGAUAACACAAAAACCAAUUCCUGUUCUCAAGGAACUUCCUAAAAACUAGCAUAACAGACAUCUAUUUAUCUGUCUUUUUUCUUUCUUUCUAUUUAAUAUAUAUACUGUACAAUAGAUAGGAUAUGUGGCAUAUGUAACAUAUAUAUCAUAUAUACACAUAUAUGUAUAUGACAAUUUAAGGAAGGAAUGAGCAUUAAGAACUAGGGGGGAAUGGUUAGAAAAGCUUAGCUCUUGGCACAUGAAUGAAACUGAAUUUUUCUCAUUCUCCCCUCAUAAAUGAUGAGAGGAAGGAAGAUGGCAUAAUAGGAAGAUGGUUGAUAAUAGGCACAAAAAUGUGAAAUUGGGAAAUGGAAUCCCAAAUCUGAUGAAUAGUAAGUAAGUAAGCACUUUGGACCACAAAGUAAGAGGAAGCAUUAUAUAAUAAAUCUGAUAAAGCUGGAAUCGGAUUAUGAAGGAUAAAACUGAUGUUUAUAGUUUAUCCUUGAGGCAAAAAAUCUCCCACUGAUAGAUAAUUAUUCCUAUUUUGUUUUUAAAUAUUAUUUUUAACAUCAAUUAAAAACAAUUUUUGCAUUCCAAAUUUUCUCCCCUCCUGCCUGCCUCUCCCCCUCACCCAUUGAGAAUGAAAACAAUGUGAUAUUAUACUUGUGAAAUUAUGCAAAACCUAUUUCCAUCUUAGUUAUAUUGGGGGAAAAACAAGCAAGAAAAAUAAAAAAUUAUGCUUCAGACAGCACUCAUACUUCAUCAGUUCUCUUUCUUUGGAGAUGGAGAGUAUUUUUUAACAAGUCUUUUGAAAUUCCUUGGAUCACUGUAUUGAUCAGAAAAGCUAAUUAAGCCUUUUGCAGUUGAUUAUCCUUAUGUGUUUUCCUGGUUCUGCUCAUUUCCCUUUGCAGCAGUUCAUAGAAGACUUCUAAGGUUUUUUGCCACCAGAAGAAGAGUUGCUGUAUUUUUAUCCAUACAGAUCAUUUUCUUUGGUUUCUCUCGAGUUACAGUUCUAGUACCGAGAUUGCUGGUCAAAGAGGGUGGAUGGUUUUUUACCCUUUAGGGCAGAGUUCCAAAUUGUUCUCCAGAAUGGUUGAAUCAGUUCACAGCUCUACCAACGUUUUUCCACAUUUGUCAUUUCACUUUUCUGUCAUAUUGGCUGAUCUGAUGAUAGGUGUAAAGCGGUACCUUCGAUUUGUUUUAAUUUGCAUUUCUGUCAUCUACAGUGAUUUGGAGCAUUUUUUUCAUGCAACUUUUAAUAGCUUUGAUAUCUUCUUCCGAAUACUGGUGCUUGUCACAUUUUUUGACCCUUUGAUGUGGAGAAUGGUAUUUAUUUCUAUAUACCUAUUUAAUUGAUGGAGAAACUGAGGGUUGCAGAGAGGCAGCUGCUUUCUUGCCAUCCAGGUCAAUGCCUCCCUGUGUUCAUAUUUGCAGUGUUUACAGGCAGUGGGGAUGCCUGUGCCCGAGCAUUCAAUACUGAGUCUGGUGUACUACAAAGGGUAUUCCGGGGCCACACCUUCAUC